AUGGUGACAGUCAGAACUAUUCUAUCUAUAGCUGCUGCUCAACAUUGGCACAUCCACCAAAUGGAUGUGUACAAUGCAUUCUUGCAGGUAGAUCUCUUCGAUGAAAUUUACAUGCAACUGCCUCCAGGAUUCAAGAGCCAAGGGGAGUCACAACCAGUAUGUAGGCUCAUUAAAUCCUUAUAUGGCCUUAAGCAGGCUCCCAGGCAGUGGAAUGAGAAGCUUACUGAAGCCUUAUGCACUUUUGGUUUCAUUCAGAGUCAGCAUGAUCAUUCUUUAUUUGUAAAAAGGAGCACAGAAGGCAUAACAGUAGUACUUGUUUAUGUAGAUGAUAUGUUGAUUACUGGGUCACAGCCGAAGCUAAUUGAAGACACCAAAGCAGCAUUACAGAAGGCUUUCAAGAUGAAGGACUUGGGGGAGUUGAAAUAUUUUCUGGGCAUAGAAUUUGCAAGAUCUGAGAAAGGCAUUCUUAUGCACCAAAGAAAAUAUGCAUUGGAGCUUAUCUCAGAACUUGGACUCAGUGCAGCUAAACCUGCAGCAACACCCUUGGAAAUGAAUAUCAAGCUAACUACAAAAGAAUUUGAUGAUCACAUUGGAACAACAAACAAUGAAGCUGAUGAGCUGUUACCAGAUCCUGGGGUGUACCAGAGGUUGAUAGGGAAGCUACUUUAUCUAACUAUGACAAGACCUGAUCUAGCAUUCAGUGUCCAAACACUGAGCCAAUUUAUGCAGCAACCUAAGAGCUCUCAUAUGGAAGCUGCUACAAGGAUUGUGAGAUAUGUUAAAAACCAUCCAGGACAGGGACUUCUACUGUCAAGCAGCAGUAAAGGAGUCUUAGAAGCCUAUUGUGAUGCAGACUGGGCUGCUUGUCAGAACUCCAGGAAGUCUGUGACAGGAUACUUGAUCAAACUAGGAGAUUCCUUGGUUUCAUGGAAGUCAAAGAAGCAAACAACUGUCUCUAGAAGCUCUGCAGAAGCUGAAUACAGAAGCUUAGCAGCUACUGUUGUUGAACUUAUAUGGCUAGGUUUAGUCAAAACAGAAUAUAUCAGUACAAGAGAGCAGCAGGCAGACUUGUUAACAAAAGGAUUAACCAAGGUUCAACAUGAAUACUUAAGUUCCAAACUAGGUGUGUUUGAUGUGUUUACACUACCUAGUUUGAGGGGGAGUGUUGAGAAUAAGGGCAUAACUUGA